AUGCCGAGAGCUGUAGUACCAUGGAGAUCAUCUCCACCUUCCAGCAAAGACUACAUUACUAUUGAUGUGGAGGAGGCUAUUCCUGAACUUCCGCUGUACCACAGGCGUCCUGGUAUCGGCCGGAGGGAAUUCUUGCGAUUCCGGUGGUCAGACAAAUUGAUUCAUCUCAUCCCUGUGAUUGUGUUGCUUUGUCUCUUCAUUCUCUGGUGGUUCUCUAAUCGG